CGGCCGGCUGUACACGGUAGCGGAAGAAAAAAGCUGAGAAACCAAAACGCAUUCGUACGAGCUUGUUUGAGUUGAUAUCAUCUUCUGCUACCAAACGAUGUCAGCCACUGAGGACCUUCCAGACAUGGAUGGGGCAGAUCUCAUCGGGCUGCUGUUUCAAGACGGCAACAACGGAUGCACUGAGCCCCUCUUUCAGGAUGAAGAUGGGCUUAUUGAAUCCUGGCUGUCUGAGCAAGAAAUGUUGACAGGUAUGGAUACUGAAGAUUUCCUGUCCAGCUUGUUGGACGGAGAUGACAACGUGGAGGCCUUCUGUCCGUCUCAUUCCCCGCUGGGGAGCGACAGUGGCAUUUCUGACGACAGCAGCACGGGCGCCGGAAACAACAACACUCUGGGAAGUCCGCACGGCAGUGAAAGCGACAUAGUACCCAGUCCCAGCUAUUCUCACCCCAGCCCCGUGCACUCUGACCCCACCCUUACCUCAGAAGCGCUGCAAGCAGAGAGCCCUGAGGCCUUGUCGGUCCAUGCGGAUCACAGCUACUCUCUGCUGCAGAACGGAGUCAGAGAUAUGGACGUGCUGGAGAGUGUCAGGGCAGAGAAGCCAGAUACAGAUGUCUUCAUUGAUCUGGACGACUUGGUGAGUGAUGCCAUGGAGGAGGACUUCACCACUGAGCUGCCUUGUACCUUGGCCAUUGAGAAUUCUGCACAUGAUUUGGCUCAGCUAACCAAAGUAGACCAGUUCCAGUUCAAGGAGAUUGUUCUCACUGAGGAGGAGAAGCGGCUUUUGGCUAAAGAAGGAGCCACCAUUCCCGAGCACAUGCCUCUCACUAAGGCAGAGGAGAGGACUUUGAAGAGGAUCAGGAGGAAGAUCCGCAACAAGCAGUCUGCUCAGGAGAGCCGCAAGAAGAAGAAGGUGUAUGUUGAUGGACUGGAAAACAGGGUUGCUGUCUGCACUGCACACAACCUGGAACUUCAGAAGAAAGUCCAGCUGCUUCAGAAACAGAACAUCUCUCUGAUUGAGCAACUGAGGAAACUCCAGGCUAUAGUGAAGAUGUCUACUUUGAAGGCCAGCACAACCAGCACUUGUGUUAUGGUGUUCCUGCUCUCUUUCUGUCUCAUCAUCUUUCCGUCCGUUAAUCCAUUUGGUGGAAGCACUCAACAGAAGGAGUCCUUCACACCAUCAUCCGUCAUUUCCCGGACCUUGCGCUCAGUGCCAUCAGAAAACACAGAUCCUACGUUUUACCUGGAGACUGAGGAUGAUCCACUUGUCUUGGUGUCAGAAGUAGUGGAGAACACCAAGGCCAUCUUCUCAGGCGGUCAGAAGAACCACACCCCCGACUACGAGAGGGUGGAACAAUCUGACUCCGAGACUGGCGUCAGCAGCAACUCCUCAGCAGACUUCCCAAGUCCCGCUCAGGCGGCAGAGAUGACGCCGGGGUCGCCUGGCGGCGUGGGUCCUUUAAAGGAAGGGUCCGUUGAUCCCGUGGUGGCGACUGCUGUGGCGUAUGACGUGCCGGGAUCUAAAGAGAACUGGAUCGACCGAAGCCCCCCGUCUGUCAUUUUACAGCAGCACCGCUCUGAUGAGAUGUAGGUGCAUUUUUAAAUCAUUAGACAGAGGGAGACUUUUUUUUUUAACUGUUAAAUGAGGGAAGAUUAAGCUUAAAAUAAGGAUGAAGGUAAAAA